AUGUCCAACCAGCAAGUGGGUCCCGUAUUCGAGCGUGUCAUCCAGGAGGUCUGCGAUGCUUCUCAGGUCGACUUUGAGGAGAGCGGUGUCGAUCAGAAGACACUGCUCGAUCUGCGUGAGACAUGGCAGCAAAAGCUUUCAUCUGUGAACGUUGCUCACUUCCCCUGGGAUCCUCCUCCACCCCAGCCUGCCCCGCAAGUUCCAGUUCUGCCACCUCAGGCUACUGUUCCAUCUAAUGCUCCUCGUCCUCCUCAACAUCAACCUCAACCACAACAUGUCGCUCCUCCCAUCUCCCUACCGCAAUCCAUUCCCCAACAAAUUCCCGCUCCUGCUCCUAUUCAGGCUCAUGCUCAAGUAGCAGCUCCCAUGGGUGGACCCCGCAUCAAAACUGAGCCUGGGACCAACGGCCCGCCUGUUUUGCCCAACAUGAAUCACCCAAUGCAAGUCCCCACGAACCCUCAGGCAGCUCGUGAACGUGCAAUUAGUGCUAUGCAGCAGAAGUACGGUGCCAACGCAGCCAACUCUGUUCAUCAACUUCAGUCCCAAGCUCCAGGCCAGCAGGCGUACCCCCAGAUGCAUCCCUCCAAUGGGCAAAUGCCUCAAAUCAAGCAGGAAUCCAAUUAUCCGCCCAUGGGUCAUGGUCAAACAGACGGUGGCAGUGAUGACCCUAUGGCCGACUGGAAGGCUGAGGUUGCUCGCCGCCGUGAGGCAGCUCAGAACGGUCAUGGCGAUCAUCUGCUUCGCGAACAUCUCAAGUCACAGAUGCUCGAACUACAGGCAGGUGGUCUUCUUCGCCCUCUGAAUGAGCAUGAGUCUCCGGCCGCCGCCGCUCGACGUGCCGUAGCCGAGACGCAUCUCAACCUCACUCAAGCCCGUUCCAACACUCCUCGCAUUCCUGGCCAAUAUGAUGGUGAGGAAGCAGACGAGGAUGCGAUCAACUCUGACCUUGACGACCCAGAUGAUGCUCUCGCUGAUGAUGCUGAUGCUGAUGAAUCAGAGGGCCAAGUCAUGCUUUGCACCUACGAUAAGGUUCAGCGCGUCAAGAACAAGUGGAAGUGCACCUUGAAGGAUGGCAUCUUGACCAGUGGUGGGAAAGAAUAUGUCUUCCACAAAGGACAAGGCGAGUUCGAAUGGUAA